UGUGGGGAAUGCAGAAUCAAGAGCGCCAGGUGGUCAUCGCAAGUUGGCGCGAAUUUGACGCCAUUUCCCGCUCCCUUUCAAUAUACUGAGCGUAAUAUGAAUCCGAUCAUCGUAGCAGGAGGACGAAGAAGGUAACGCAGUGGAGAUGCAGCCCUAAUCCGAUUCUCAAUUAUGUUAAGAGGAAGAGAGAGCUUGGUCCGAUUGGUAGGCAAACGUAGACGCUUCCUUCCUAAUCGUCUUGCCAUUCUCUCCUCUCCCCUCGAGAGCACUUUAAAUCUAUGCUCUGAUGAACAUUGCAAGCCCCUUGCCGUUGAGAAAAAUCGGGACGCUCAUGAACAUGGGGACAUUGAAAGUAGUGCCUCCGGGAAAUAUGUUACUUGCCCUGUUUGCGGAAGCAGAGUAAAUGGGGAAGACUCUAUUAUCAACUCCCAUCUGGAUGCAUGCUUAUCUAGGGGAAGGAAGCGGAAGUUGACUCAAAGCACUCUUCUUCAACUAAACUUCUGUUCCCGGUCAAAAGUUCAACAUCAAUCUCAUGUUCUGAAAUCAGAGAAGAAUGAGUCUUCUGUGGGUCCCGGUGAUAGUCUAAUGCACCGUAAUGUCCAUAAAUUGCCUAAAGAUGCAUCUCAUAUUGAAAAUGAUGAAAUUAUAUGUGAACCAUUAGUAGAAUGUUCAAUACGGCCACAAAAGGACUGUUUAUUGGAUACCCUAAAUAAUUGUGAAAGAACUAACGAUGCUUCAGAAAUUUGUUCUCCUAAGAAUAAAAGAAUCACAUCUGGGAUGGUUACUGCCAAGGAUGAUUUAUCUGGGAUGAUUCUUCAAACUUUUAUUGUCGGUCGUAAGUUUAGUGAUGAAAAGGAGCUAAAUCUCGGGGAAAGCAUCUCUCUUGAAAGAGAUCCUACCAAUGUAAAUGAUCCCAAUGCCAUCAAGGUUAUCUCUGCAGAUUCUGAAUGUUGUAAGAUGCUCGGAUUUCUCCCACGUGAAUUAGCCCAGUUUUUAUCUCCCCUAAUUGAGAAGUAUUGCCUAAACUUCAAGGGAUUUGUGACAACUGCUCCUAGAAGUUCUGUUGAUGUUGUACCCAUUGAGGUCAUGUGUGACAACAACAAAUUAUUUCAUGAAAAUAAUUUUGAUGUUGAGGAGUUCAAAAAUUUAUGGACAAGCAUUCAGAAAGCAAUUGAUUCCACAAAAAAUUUCACGCCUAAUGCAUUGAAAUAUCAGAAGAACUUUUCUCUUUUAGUACAAGAAGUUUUACAGGGUUAUUCCCAUUUAUUGUCCGAUGAUGAAAAACAGUUUCUAGAUGUAUUCAGUUCACUAUCAGAUGAUAGUCAGAGGCUUUUUAUCCGUCUUUAUAUGCGUAAAGGACCAUGGUUUCGGAUGUCUUGUACUUCUUACAAAGAAGUAUUGGAUCCUAAACAGGCAGUCAAGGAGCUCUCAGAAGCAGGUUAUCUAUGUUGCUUUGCUACAAAUGAAGCUGAUAACACUGACAUGAUCCAGAUUUUGAAUCUUCUCACUGUCUCUGAGCUACGUGAAGUUAUGUGCAUGCUUAAGAAGAAUUGCAAUAGCAGCAUGAGAAAGGAUGAUCUUGUUGCCUCUCUUUUGUCCCCUUAUGAAGAUGGAUUAUGUCCACUACUUCCAGAUCUAAUUCUGGGCAUAGCUGGUCUCUGCACUAGGAUAUCAUCUAAAGCUGAAUUGCUUAUCUGGCGUGCUGAGGUAAGGCUUUUCUUCCUCAAUGGAGAGCAGGAUUUGUCAGCCUUUCUGCUUGUUGAUAUGGGAAUAGUCAAGUAUCCAACUUACAGCUGCAUAAUUACAGAUCAGAUUUUCUUGGAUCGAAACGAUUUGCUUGCUUAUGAAGAGGCCAUUGAAGUUGCACAACUAAUUGAUCAAGCUCUCGAUGAGAAGGACAACAAAAUGGUAUUAAGAUGUGUGUCAGUUGCUGACUCUCGUGUGCAGCCAAAUACAUGCACUACCUCUGAAUCAGUUGCAUUCUUUUCAAGCUUUUCAGCAUCAUGGAUCUAUUCAAAAGUAGUGUCUCUUGGAGUUUCCUUUCUUGAGCGUGAGAAUAGGUACAAUGAUGCAGUGCUACUACUUAAGCGAUUGCUAAAUUGUUACACUCGUGAUGGAAGAAGAGGAUAUUGGACCCUGAGGUUGUCAAUUGAUUUGGAGCAUUUGGGCUAUCCCAGUGAGAGCUUGUCAGUAGCUGAGCGUGGAUUGUUGGAUCCAUGGGUUCGAGCUGGUUCACGGAUGGGAUUGCAAAGGCGCAUCCUUCGGUUAGGAAAACCACCACGGCGGUGGAAAAUCCCUAGUUUUGCUGAUUCUAUCAAGAGGAAAAUCACAGAGGUACACAUUCAAGGGCGACCGUUGAACUGUGAAACAGGUAUGAAGAGCAGGUUUUAUGGAGAAAGUGGGGAACAAUGUUCAGUGGAGCAGCUUGCCCUCGAGUAUUAUAGUGCGGAAGGAGGUGGAUGGCAAGGUGUCCAUUCAGAAAGUGGCAUUUGGUUAACCAUUUUUGGGCUUCUCUUGUGGGAUGCCAUAUUUUCCGAUGUCCCAAAUGUCUUUCGCACAAAAUUUCAGACUGCUCCCCUGGAUUUUGGAACAGAUAGCUUUUAUUUAUUGAGACAGAAUAGUAUAGAAUCUCAACUUCAGAAAAUUCAAGAAGGCAUGGGUGAAGAGAUCCUCAUUACAUCUUGGGAAUCACACAAGGGAACGGCAUGUAAUGGAGUUCACUGGGAUCGGCACUCGCUAGCUGAGCUGCGGGCAGCUGUGACAUGCAUCGGUGGCCCUUGUAUGGCUUCACUGUGUCGGCAUCUUGCACAAGAUUAUCAAAGUUGGUCGAGUGGAAUGCCAGAUUUGUUGUUGUGGCGCUUUAAUAGUGAAUACAGUGGUGAAGCUAAACUUGUUGAAGUAAAAGGUCCCAGAGACAGACUCUCUGAACAGCAACGGGCAUGGCUAUUACUUCUAAUGGAUUGUGGCUUCAUAACAGAAGUCUGCAAAAUCACCCCCAUGCCAAAACUAGCUUAAAAGGUCGAUCAUCACCAGAAUAGGCAAAUCGAGCCUGUCUUCAAAGUUCAAACCAAGAUUACCUAAGUAACAAUGGUACCUUUGUUGGGAAAUGAUAUAAGGAUGACUGUCAUAGCCCACUUAGAUACAGGGGAUGACUUCAAUCUGCCAACUAGUAGGCGUGAAUUCUGGGAAGAAGAAAAUGAAGAAACGAUCCUUGAAUCCCAAGUAAAUGCAUUGAAAGAUACAUGUCUUAUGAAUAGAAGAUGAAAUGGUUCUCACUUAAUGACAUGAAGUGCUUUUUGGGGUUGGUGGCUGAAAAGGGAAAAGCUUAUGAAAAGUUUAUGAAGAGCUUUCAAGAGCUGUAACUGGAACAACUAAUAAGUAUCCUCGUGCCUUUUUCACCAAUUCUUUGUGGUAAUUACUAAAUUAGUUCACUUUGUAGGAAAAACAAUUCCCAAGUUGAAUCUGUUUCGAGGAUAAUAUAAUGCACUACAUUCCCGUUGAAUUUUGCAGCAACUAAUUUUAUGAUUAUACAACAAUAGGUCACACCUGAACUUUGUUUUUCACCCUGUACUCUUGGCAGAAUAAAACUCAUUCCGUUUCAACUUAA